CCUGCAGCAGCGGGGCUCUGAUCCGGGCUGGGCUCAUCCUGCCCGGCCGGGGCUGGUUUGCAGCUCGGCUGCGUUUAUCACGCCGGGGCUCCAGCGGGGAAGGGCUCCAGCAGCCUAUAUUUAGCACCAACAACAAAACAGGCAGCCGAGUCAGCUGACUGGGCGCAGCGAGCACGGUUUAGUUGUAGACAGCACGUAUCCUGCAAGGAAAACAGGGCGAGAAAGAGCAGGGGACGGAGCUGGGGCCGGGGGAGCUGGAAGGUGUCGAACACCUGCAGAGGCUGCGGCUCAGCCAUGGCACCCCGGAUAAAGCUCAGUGUUGCAAAACCUCUCCCAACCAUAUGUGAAACCCAUGAGGAAGCAAUGGAAGAUUUAACCAGCAACCCGAAACACACUGGAAGCACUUCAACCAACCCAGAUUCAUAUUCCAGCGAUGAUUACAUUCAAUCUAUCUGCCACCUUGCCAGACCCACCUUCCCGGGCCUUCCUGUAAGCAGCCAUAAAGUUCAGAACAGAAGGAUUCUGCAGAGCCUUGAAGCCACGUCAUGGUCCCCAUCCCUGCCAGAAACGUCAACGUGUAAAUUGACCAAUUUCAUCUCAAAUGUGGUGCCACUGGGAAAAGUCACGCCUGCUCCUGAUGAUGCAGAAACCGACUUCUGGUCCAGAGAGGACCCCCUGGCACAGAUCUACACGGGUGCAGGAAAGCUCUGUUCCUCCAAGGGUUCUUGGAGUAAAAGCUCCAGCACUGGCUACUCACAGUGCAACUCUUCCAGCUGCACGGACACCCCACAUGGUGACCUUCAUCCCCCAGCCACGAAAGGAAAACCUGAAGGGAACCCAAACUUCCCACAGGUGUUCAGUUUUCCAAGGCUUCCCUCUCCAAGGCCGGUGCAGAAAGAAACGCUGUGCUCAGAGAUGAGGUAUCUCAGAAGGGAUGAGGGAGCAGUUUUAAGCAAUAAUCACAGUCAGAAAGAAGGUGGUACCAUGUUCAUUAACGGUGAAAAGCUAUUGCCAUGCUCAGCCAGAGGGAAGCUGCUAGGAAACCGAGUUUUGCGGUGCUCUGUAAGGAAGCAGAGUAGUUCGUUCAAUACAGCAGGUGCCGAUGAAAAAGAGAGAGAAAUUUCUUCCAGUGACAAAAAUGCAAUGGGUGAUGUCCCCAGUAAACAGAGAUACUCCGAGUGCUUCCAGGCAGCUAAAAAAGCCGUGAUCCAUAACUGGAUUUCAGAGCGCAGAUGCAUCUGGAAAGAAGCAAAGAUAAAGGCUUGUUUGCUUCCAGCCAUCGCUGAAGUGUGAAAAAGUAUCUGUUCCGAAUAAUGUUGUUUGCAAGAAAUAACCACCCUGUGCUCUAGAAGCUCUCCCUGGAGUCCUUACGUGGAAUAUAUGGCUUGAACGUGCAUGCAAGUCAGGCAGCCUUUUGUGAUCCAUCAUAUCCCUUAUCGGUGGGCAAAUGGACAAUCCAGAGUCUUGUCUGCUGAGGAAAUAGCAAUUAAUUCUCGUUUUGAAAAGGCAACAGUUCACAAAGCAUUGUCCCACACCUAUUGCCUAGAACUACCCUGAGCAAGGAGAAAAGCUGAAGACAACACAAAAACCCAUCUGUUUUGGAGAAGUAAUCUGCGGGGACAUCAAACUAGUGGUGUUUUACAGCAAAUGCCAAGCAGCCAGAUGUUUCUCACUCUUGGGUACAGUUAUUCCAAAAGGAACAUUGGGAACAAUGCUUGGACAGUACUAAAUAUGCCCUCCUCACUGACAUAAACAUUUACCAAGAGACCCAUCAUAGAUCACUGCGUCGACACCUGAACAUCACCGGAUAGGUCAUCUGUUAGUGCAUUCGCAUAAAUAAACACUUUUAAAAGUUAUAGGAAGUUUUUGAUAAGGAUCUGUUAGAGAGCAACAUGGAAAAUCCUGAAACAGCUCGGGGGGGGAUUUUCCUCGUCCUCAGCGUUGCAAAAAUAUACUACCUUCACUCCGUGAUCUGCCCUUGGUGGGGACGAGCUACAAGCCCUGGGUGAGCAUUGUCCGGACAGCACUUGUCUGGUGCUGCUGCUGUCCUGGACCUGGAGGGAAUCGAGGUCCAUCGCUCUGCAUCGCGGUGGCCUCAGCACUGCUGUGUCUGCACAGAGCCCAGGCAUGUACAGAGCUGAGUGCCGAGAGAGCCAUGUGUACGCAUGAAUCAUUUCUGGGUUUCCUUACAUGUGUGUGCUUCUGUAGUUUCCCCUGCCUGGCCAUGCUAACCAUGCUGACUUUUCCUUGCCUGGUGCUGUGAGAGUGAAACAUGGAAAACCAGCAUAAGUGCACAGGACAAUCUGUUUGCUGAUGAUACCAUUGCUAAAUGGGAUGCCAGGAGAAAGAGCAGCACUGCUGUGUUGCUGUGGGGUCCUGGCACGGUGAGCACACAGCCAAGUCAUCCCCUCACUACCACACUGAGACUUCUUCGUAUACAAAAAAAGGUCACUUGUCACCGCACUAUCCUGCAGCCAGAGCACCCACACGGGGCAGCAGCCUGUGUAGCUGGGUGAGAGACGUAGAUGAGAAAACUGCAAAGCAAUUCUAGGGUAAUUAUUACUGCUACUACCAUGAAUAAAUCUUUUGGCACAGAGGAGAGCACAGGGACCAGGCUGCUUGUUCAACUGCAGCUAGGAUGGGAAAUACCACCACAAAGCUGCAAUUAUAAAAGUGCUUACAAGCGAUUUCUAAAACACCCUGCAGUAGAUUAAAUCAGAAGGCAACUUCUGUUCAGUACCAAUGUGAGUGUAAAUAUGCUCGAAGAUCAAAAGGUGAGCAUAUUUGAACUUCUCAUUCUCACAUCUCUUACCUCAAAUAUUUUUAUUCCUGUUGAAACUCAUUAGCACUACGAAACUGAACUGCUUCUCAUCUUAGUUUUUGAACUAACCACACAGCAAGAACAAAAGCGAAGGCGGCUCCAGCAUUUAUGCAGGCUGACGGAGAGCUCGAGCUGAUCGAGGCGUAGCACCGGCUCCAGCUUUACUCGCCCACUCUGCCUCCUCCUCCCUUCCCCUUCCUUCUCAGGCCCACGUCGGGGCAGAGGUGACGUUUGUCCUCAUUGCCCUGUGGACAUUUUAGUUUCUCUCCACAUGAAUGUUUCUGACACUAAUGCCUAGCAAGUCUUGUGCCAACUGCAUGUAUCACUACAUUUUACUGAGAAAAACAAAUAAAACUGUUACGUCA